AUGUAUUCAUUUUUAAUAUUUAUGUGUUUCACGAUCAUCGGAUGUGUUGUCAAUACCGACGUCUGUCCUAAAUCAUCUUCAGAAUGGUGUCAGUCAUAUCAAACAGCAAAAGCCUGCGGAGUACUUGAUCAAUGUAAAACGUAUGUUUGGGAUAAUGAUAAUGAUCGUGUUAAUUUUUCACUAUAUUAUGAAACAUUAUGCCCAGAUUGUCGUCAAUUUGUUCAAACACAAAUAUGGAAUGCAUAUCAAAAUGUAUCGAGUAUUGUUAAUAUUACAUUUGUUCCAUACGGUAAUGCGCGAGAACUUUUUCGUCCGGAAACUGGUCUAUGGCAAUUUUAUUGUCAACAUGGCUCAGCUGAAUGUCUUGGUAAUUUAAUUCAUCCAUUUAUUUAUUGUACCGAAUCAAAUGAUGGUGAUGUUCAAAAAGUUGCAGAAGAGUGUGCAAAAAAAUUCAAUGUAGAUAUUGACCAAAUUAAUGCUUGUACAAGUUCCAAACUUGGAAACACUUUACAACAUAACAACGGACUAUUGACAGAAGCACUAACUCCACAACACGAUUUUGUACCAUGGGUGACACUAAACGGAGAACAUACUACACAAAUUCAAGAUGAUGCAGAAGCCGAUCUUGUUGCACUAUUGUGCAAGACUUAUAAAGGUUCAACAAUUCCUGAUGCAUGCAAAAAACGGUGA